CGCCGCCUCUAACAUUGUUGGGUCAAUGGUUUGAUACACCGGUGCCAUGAUGGAAAUACGUUCUUUCUUUCUGCUCUUCUUGCGUGGGGGUCGUCCCCACCUUUUCAAUAAUUCGAAAUGGGUGCAUACAAGUAUAUGCAAGAACUCUAUCGCAAAAAGCAAAGCGAUGUACUCCGCUUUUUGCUUCGCGUCAGAUGCUGGCAAUAUCGUCAGUUAACAAAAUUGCAUCGUGCCCCGAGACCAUCGAGGCCCGAUAAAGCUCGCCGUUUGGGCUACAAAGCCAAACAAGGUUUUGUAAUAUUUAGAAUUCGAGUACGAAGAGGUGGUCGUAAACGUCCAGUCCCUAAGGGUGCAACAUAUGGUAAACCCAAAAGCCAUGGUGUUAAUCAGUUGAAACCUACCAGGAAAUUACAGUCUGUUGCUGAAGAACGUGUUGGUCGCCGUUGUGGUGGUUUAAGAGUUUUGAACAGCUAUUGGGUAGCUCAAGACUCUUCCUACAAAUACUAUGAGGUUAUUCUGGUUGACCCUGCGCAUAAGGCAAUUCGUAACGAUCCAAAAGUUAACUGGGUGUGCAAUGCGGUUCACAAACAUCGUGAACUUCGUGGAAAGACAUCAGCCGGCAGGAGUUCGCGAGGUUUAGGAAAAGGACAUCGUUAUUCACAAACUAUUGGUGGUUCGCGUCGUGCGGCUUGGCUGAGAAGAAACUCUUUAUCGCUCCGCAGGAAGCGAUAAAGUUUUUAAAUAUUUAUAAUAUUAAUUCUUGCGUGGACGAGAUACAUCAUUUCAUUGAUAUGUUACAAUCUCUUGUAUCAAUAUUAUGGUAUAUCCUGCGCGAAAUAAACAUCUUUUUCUUAAAA